GCCGGCGCGGCGCACCCGGAGCGUAAUGGAGCGGGCGCGCGGGUCGUGGGCCGAGGCCGGUGCGCCUGAGGACGAAGAGGAGGAAGAGGAGGGGGCAGCCAUGGCUGCCGUGGUAACGGCGGCGGGUGGCGCGGGUCCGGCCGUCCUGCAGUUGGCUAGUCUCUAUCGGGGCUUGUGCGCGGUGCGCAGCCGCGCCCCGGGCCUGGGGCUUUUGGCACCCGCGCAGCUGCGCGUGUUUCCGGUACGCUACGGUUCUCGCCGGCCCCCGGGGGCUGCCGACGGCAGCAGGGUCGGGGACGAGCUCGAGGCCAACCCUUUCUACGACCGCUACCGCGACAAGAUCCAGCAGCUGCGCAGGUCUGACCCAGCUGCUUUUGAGUCCCGACUGGAGAAACGCAGUGAGUUUCGGAAGCAGCCAGUGGGGCACUCCAGGCAAGGUGACUUUAUCAAAUGCGUGGAAGAGAAGACAAACACUUUGGGGAAACAGCCUUUGAGCAGAGGAUUCACUAAGGACAAGACUCUCAGUUCAAUCUUUAACAUUGAGAUGGUGAAAGACAAAACUGCAGAUGAAAUAAAGCAGAUUUGGCAGCAGUAUUUUGCAGCAAAAGAUACAGUCUACGCAGUUAUUCCUGAAAAGAAGUUUGAUUUAAUCUGGAACCGGGCUCAGUCCUGUCCAACAUUUCUAUGUGCACUACCAAGAAGGGAAGGCUAUGAGUUCUUUGUAGGACAAUGGUCAGGCACUGAACUCCACUUCACUGCACUUAUAAAUAUUCAGACCCGAGGGGAAGCUGCAGCCAGCCAGCUGAUUUUAUAUCACUACCCUGAACUUAAGGAAGAAAAGGGCAUAGUACUGAUGACAGCAGAAAUGGAUUCCACAUUUCUGAAUGUUGCUGAGGCGCAGUGCAUUGCCAACCAGGUUCAGCUCUUCUACGCUACUGAUCGGAAGGAGACCUACGGGCUAGUGGAAACCUUUAACUUCAGACCGAACGAGUUCAAAUAUAUGUCUGUCAUUGCUGAAUUGGAGCAAAGUGGACUUGGAAUGGAACUGAAAUGUGCCCAGAACCAUGAUAAGACUUAGAGCUGUAAGGACUGGCUCCUUACAGAGUCUGCUCAGCCCUGGGAUAGCCUAGAGCACACCCACCCCCUUGAACUCUCAAAAGUUGGCAUCUAUACUAAGCAGUCUCUAAGGAGUUGCCCUGUGUGCUUAUGCAAGAAGUAAUCAUAGAGGUGAGCCCUAUUACUUGAUAUUCAGGAAUGAAGGUGCCCAAACAUUCUGAUAAUUAAUCUCUCAGCGUACUUGAGGUUUCCUUUUUAAGUGUUUGAGGUCAUAAUCAAACACAGCCAAGGAUCCAGCAGGAUGGUUAACUUGAUUUUACACAGUGUAACAUUUUGUUACAAAUACAUUUGCAUUCUGGACAUUUUGAGAGCACAGCUCCCAAUUGCACAUAGUUCCUCAUCUUUAUAAACUUGUGACAGGAUAAGCUUGAAGACCUGCUAUAUAGUUAGAUGUGGGCUUUACAUACUUUUUCCCAUGUGCCAGUCAACUGGCCAAAAGCAUAACCCAAAUAUCCUGUUCAGACUCUAGAACAACCCGGUAUUGCAUUCAGGAUUAAGACCUCAUCUAGAUGCCCCCAGAGUUGCCUUUAGUAUAGCUGUUUUGAAGUAUCAGUAGAUUUCAGGUAUACUUAAACACACAAGUACAGUGCCUGUGUAUUUUUAAAUCAUGGUUUAUUUAAACCUGCUCCUCUAACUCUGCGUCUUAGAAGCUGUGUACUUGGAGGAGGUGAAUCAGUGCAGUGUAAAUAAAUCAAGUUUUUUAUAAGAAAGGAUCAAUCCAGAUUUGCAUGUUUUUGUGUAUUUUUUUUUUUUUAAACAACUCUAAUCCAUGCUAGAUUUGGGUUGGGAGAAGAUAGAGCAAUAAAAUAAAAUCUGGCUUACCAUCUUUGUUACACUCAGCAGUGAAAUAUAAGCUAUGUGCUGUCCAUAGUGUCAGUGCUGUGAGCUGAUUGGAUCAGAACUCAUCUUUGGAAGCAGUAGUUGCUUGAAACACAAAAAAUGAGAAAGGAGCUCCCCAGCAUUGGAAACUCCCUUGUGGUUUGAGGUGUCAGCGUUGUGGCUCCAAGCUCAGUGAUAGAGGAGAGGGGUGGUUACACACCAGCUUUCUGAACCUGAGUUCCCAGCCCCUCCCCACCCCCGACCCUUUUUUGUUGUGAGCCGCCUUUGCUAUAGCCUUUCCUUUUCUUGCUCUAAUAUGCUCCACUUUGCUGCUGCCUGAGAUCUGGUUGUAUGACACUGAAUAUGGUGAGUGGGAAUGUAACCAGUACUCACAGUUUCUAUGUAUGUUUGUUUUCUUUAUUAGAGGUUGGGCUUGUCCCCAAGUUCUUUAAAUGGAGUUGGACUUCCCACCAAGUUUCUUUAAAUGAGGUUGGACUUUGCAUUAUUUUCUGAGCUGUGACUAUUUCAUUGUACCUCUGAGUCUGUAUACAAAAAUAGACAGUGUUUGUUUAACCUGAAAAAGUUCCUAGUCUUUCACUAUUUCUCUAAAGACUGAGCUGUUUCCUAAUGCAAAUUCUGGACUUGCCUCUGGUCCUGUCAGUUAAUUUUUUGAGAAACUUGAGCCUGGAUGUUUUGAGUCCCAGAAAUCUUCAGCACCAGGUGGAGUUGCUUUCGAGGGUAUCUAGUUAUGUUUGCUUUUCUGUGCAGAUGGACCCAGUUCCUAGCCAUGGUACAUUUUCAUAACACCUCCACCAGAGGGUGAGAAAAUGAUGGGAAAAGAAAGAAGAACUGGCUGCUCAUUUUAUUGUUCCUCCCAGCUUUUCCCUAAAUCCCCACUUACGAAGUUACACUGGACAUGAUCAAAGCACCAUCUGGCUGUGCUGUCCUUUAUAUCCACCAAGCAAGAUCUGGCAAAGACCUAAAAGAAAACUGUAACAUUAAUCAGUAAAUUUCUCUCCUACUGCAACAUAGUAUUAUAGGAAGUGCACAGACUUUAGAGUUAAAUGAAUCUGGGUUCAGAUGUUGGUGUUGCAAUUUAUUAGCCGAAUAAUAUUUAACAAAUUAAACUCUAAUUUUGUUUAUCUGUAAAAUGGGGAUGAUGAUAAUAUCUACCUCAUAGAAUUUUGUGAGGAUUAAUUUAUAGACUCUAGUAGAGCUUAAUGAAUGUCAGCUGCCUUCCUCUUCUCUGUUCCCCUGCCUGUCACUAAAGACCAACAAAAAUUAACAUUUCAAUGUGCAGAUCAUUCUUCACUCCAGUUGAAUGAGCAAACCUUAUCUCACAGGUUCUCAAACUUUAAGAUGAAGUACAUUAAGCACUUCAAAAUGCAGAUUCCCAAGUUCUAAGCCUCAACCUGCUGAACCAUAAUCUUUGCAGAAAGUGCUGGGAAUCUGCGUUUUAAUAUGUGCUCCAGAUGAUUCAUAUGUACAUAAUUCACCAGCCGCACUUUGAGAACUGUUACCUUUUGUGUUCUUCCAAAAAAGAAAAAAAAAAAAAAAAGCCAGGUCUUCCUUUCCUAUGAACAUAAACCAUAGAAUCAGAUUCCUCUGUCCUUUGCCUCCCACAGUGGUCCCCUUUGCAUACUCUACAUUUUAUUUAUUUAUUUAUUUGCCUACCUUUUGCCCCCACUAGACUGUGAGCUCCUUGAGGGCCAGGGUUUAUCUCCAUCCCCAGAGCCAAGGACAUGGCCUGGGACAUAGAAGAUACUCAGUUGUUUGUUGAAUAAAUAAGUGACAUGGAUUUCAGCCAAAA